AUGAGUGGCCAAAAUUGUGGAACUUGUUCUGGAAGCAAUUCUUACGCCUGUGCCAGUCAAAAUCAGUAUGUACGCUGUGUCAAUAAUGCAGCUGUAAUGUCGAAAGUAUAUAACUGUGAUGGCGAUGAUGUGUGUAUUGUAGAAGCUCAAAUUAUUGGUUCUAUUUGCAUAUCCAAAUGCGCUGCCGAGUCCUUUAAUUCUUCUCCCACUUGCAGCAAUAGCAACUAUACAGCGGUAGUUCCAACAAUUCCGCCAACCACUGCACCGACCGCAGAUGAACUGAAGGCUGCCUGUGAUGUGGCUUCAGCUAGCUAUUCAACAUCAUUGUACUUCUAUGCCAUUUAUACGGCGGAUAGCACAUGCAAUAGCUAUCUAUAUUGCGAGAGAGCCAGUCUAACAGCGACCACAUCGAUUGCCUUUCGACUAAAUUGCCAAUCUUCAGCUUCCCCCUACUUUGACUCAUCCAGCGGCUCUUGUGUGAGCACUAAACCAAGCAAUUGCUGA